AUGACUAGCAGCUUUGAAGAGGAUUUUGCCAAGGCGGCCUCUCUCGUACGGGAGGGCAAUCACAUUGAUGCUGUUGGUGUCUACACAUCCAUCGCCGCUGAUGACUCCUCCACGAAUGGUGAAAAGGUGCGGGCGUACUCCAACGCCAGUGCCUGCUACGCCGCAAGGGAACAGUACACAGCUGCCCUUGACGCUGCAAAGAAGGCACUGCAAUUAGAUGAGAAUAAUAGUAAAGUGCAUGGACGGUUGGCGACAGCUUAUCACGGACUAAAGCACUACGAAGAGGCCGCGCAUCAUUACGGGCGGGCUAAAGAAUUAGAUCCCGCCAAUACUUUCUAUUCACAACAGCAACAGGCAGUAUUGCUACUCAUACGAGAUGGGAAGGGUAUCGCCUCGCAGGAGACAAAGGAUGCUUACUAUUAUCGAAAGGGAAUUGAACAGGGAAAAGAGGCUAUGGGGAAAGGUGAAUACUUGAGCGCUGUGCGGCAUUUCUCAAAAGCGAUUGAACUCCACAGAAAAUGUGCUACUGAGUCCAACAAUAGUAAUAAUAGUAAUAGUAAUAAUAAUAAUAAUAAUAAUAAUAAUAAUAAUAAUAAUAAUAAUAAUAUGACAAAUAAAAUGUCUGACCUAGCCGUUUUACUGUGUAAUCGAAGUGCAGCCUAUAGUCGUUUAGGACGAUAUGCAGAGUCUUUAGAAGAUGGAAUGAAGGCAGCAGAAGUACAUCCCAUGUACGCUAGAGCCUUUUUCCGCAUUGGAUACGCCCAACAUCAUCUCAAACAUCCAAAUGAAGCCCACUCGGCACUACGGCGGUGUUUAGAGUUAGACGCUAAUCACAGUGAGGCGAAAUCACUCAUGACAGAAGUAGAGCAGGUGGUAGCAGAUCUUAAGAAAACAGCGGAAGAAAAACAACGGGAGAAGGAAGAACAAGUGCGGGAGAUUAGGGAAAUGCAGAAUGCAGAGAGAGUUGCAGAGAGUAUGCAAGGUAAUAGUACAGGUUAUCGAGGCCGUGCUCACGCCACCUCCUAUACACACUGUAGUUACUGCAAUGAUGCUGGGCACUCACGGGCCGAAUGUCCCUUGUUAAGACGCAAACGAUCCCGGACAUCUUGA